AGAGACUAAAAUACCAACAAAUGCAGAACCUGGGAAUAGAUUUAAACAACGAUAGGUUUGUAAACAAAACGGACAUAGAUUUCCCAGUAGAAACAAAAUGGCUGCUGUCAUUAGGCAGGAAAUUCACACUGCCCACAACGAAGACUAGUUUCCAACCGAUCCGAAUGAUUGCAGAAAUUGAACAAAUCAUACAACAAGAAAAGGAUGACAGAGUCAAGGAAAUUGCAAGAUGCAAACUCAGCAAUAAUAUAAUACAAUUUAAACGGAAUAUAAGGCACAACUCAGCAGAAAAAUUUAUAUUAGAAACAUUCAAUAAGACCAAAACUUUCUUAAAGUCGCACAAAGACGAUAUUAUCUUAACAGACGCAGAUAAGGGAAACAAAACAGUGGUAAUGUACAAAGAGGACUACACAGAAAAGAUGAACAAACUACUUGAUGACAAAAACACGUAUAAAAUAGUAAGAAACGAUCCAACAAAUGCACUACAGAGGAAGAACAACACUCUGGUUGACGAAUUGUACAAAAGCAAAAUUAUUGACUACAGAGGUAAACAACAACUCGUAUGCACAGCAGCGAUUGCACCACGACUUUACGGAUUACCAAAGAUCCACAAACCUGACUUGCCCUUAAGGCCAAUUUGUUCGUCCAUCAAUGUUCCGUGUUAUGGUUUGUCCAAAUAUGUAGAUUAAAAGAUAAACUGGAUAAAGUAAAAGUAAGUGAGGAAGAAUUGCUGGUGUCUUUUGAUGUGGUAUCGUUGUUUACCAACAUUCCGAUACCCUUAGCCAUUAAUAUCAUAAUGUCAAAAUGGAGCACAAUAAAACAGUCG